UGAAUCGCACAUUGUGAUUUUAGUACCUGUUUGGCAGUGCAAAGAACAGCAUUCUAAAGUGUUUUGUGCUAUAAAACUUAAAAGUGUUUGCAACGAAAAAAAUAUAAAUUACAGCGAUGUCAGCGAAUAAGAGUUACGUGCGACCCGCGGAUUUCAUAGAUCCUGGCAAGCCUUCGAAGUGCACAUGGCAUCUGGGCACCAAGGAGAAGUCGCCCCAUACGCAACGUGGCAUUGCGCAUCGUCAAAAGAUUACUCCGGAUAUCCUGGAGGUGAUUGGAUGCACGCCUAUGGUCAAGCUCAAUAACAUACCUGCCAAGGAGGGCAUCCAGUGCGAGAUGUACGCCAAGUGUGAGUACCUUAAUCCAGGCGGCUCUGUCAAGGAUCGCAUUGGUUAUCGCAUGGUGCAGGAUGCGGAGGAGCAGGGACUGCUCAAGCCGGGCUUUACCAUCAUUGAGCCGACAUCUGGAAACACAGGCAUUGGACUGGCUAUGGCCUGUGCUGUCAAAGGAUACAAGUGCAUCAUUGUCAUGCCCGAGAAGAUGUCCAAUGAGAAGGUGUAUGCUCUGCGUGCACUGGGUGCCAAAAUAAUUCGCACGCCCACAGAGGCAGCAUAUGACUCUCCCGAGGGCCUCAUCUAUGUAGCUCAACAACUCCAACGUCAGACGCCCAACUCAAUUGUAUUGGAUCAAUACCGUAAUGCGGGCAAUCCCUUGGCGCAUUAUGAUGGCACUGCCGCUGAGAUUCUCUGGCAACUGGAUGAUAAGGUGGACAUGGUUGUUCUUUCCGCUGGCACUGCUGGCACCAUCAGUGGCAUUGGACGCAAAAUCAAGGAGCAGGCUCCUGACUGUCGCAUUGUAGGCGUCGAUCCAUAUGGAUCGAUACUGGCGCGCCCCGUGGAGCUCAACAAGACUGAUGUGCAGUUCUAUGAGGUAGAGGGCAUUGGCUACGACUUCCCACCCACUGUAUUUGACGACACGGUUGUGGAUGUAUGGACUAAGAUCUGUGAUGCUGACUGCUUCCCAAUGAGUCGUCGUCUAAAUGCCGAGGAGGGUCUGCUCUGCGGUGGUUCCAGCGGAGGUGCUAUGCAUGCAGCCCUAAAGUAUGCACGUUCUUUGAAGGCAGGACAGCGUUGUGUAGUUAUCCUGCCUGAUGGCAUUCGUAACUACAUGACCAAGUUCGUAUCCGAUAAUUGGAUGGAGGCACGCGGCUUUAAGGAGAUCGUUAACGAGCAUCGUCACUGGUGGUGGAGUGUACCCAUUGCCCAACUACAGCUGCCCAGUCCUGUUGCCAUUCUUGAGUCCAACACAAGUGUUGGAGAUGCCAUCGCACUCAUGAAGAAGCACCGCGUAGAGCAGCUGCCCUUGGUUGACCAACAUAAUGGAACCGUUUUGGGUGUCGUGGGUCAAGAGACUCUCAUCAAUCAGAUUGUCAGCAUGAAUCGUAAGUUGGAUGAGCCGGCCUUAAAGGCCAUUAACAAGCGAGUCAUCCGUCUGCCUGAGACUGAGAUACUGGGCAAGCUGGCACGUGUGCUGGAGGUGGAUCCCAGUGUGCUUAUUGUUGGAAAGGACGCUGAUGAUAAGGAGACUGUCCUGGCAGUGGCCACCAAGCUGGAUGUCACCUCGUAUAUUGCCUCUGGCGCUGGCGCCAAGCAAAAUGGCAACGGAUGCGGCGAUCAUUAGAAUCCUGGUCGAGAGACCAGAAAGGAUCUUUAAAUUUUAUACAUUACUUAAUUAUUGA